AUGCGUUUCGUGCCCCUCGUUGCCCUGCUUUUCGCCCAAACUCUCGGCCGGCAGCGGAGGGUGAUCUUCGGGGUGCCAUUGGCUCGAGGCGAGCUUCCCUAUUUGACGUCAAUCGUGGCCCGCUUUCCGCAUCACAAUGCGGGCGAGGGGACGCUGUGUGGCGGCUCGUUGAUAGCCUCGAAUAUUGUGCUGACGGCAGCGCAUUGCCUGCUCAACGAGGAGACCAAUACGAGGGCUACUUCAUUAAACGUGACGAUUAAUGAUUUUGUGCUCGACCAGCCGGAUAAGGGGGAAAUCGCGGUGCCGGCUAGCCACUUUGACAUUCACCCGCAGUAUUAUGAGGCCUUUGAAUCUGCCUACGAUAUCGGCAUCAUAUUCCUUGCGAAGUCGGUGCCGAUUUGCGAAGGCGAGAAUCCGAUCAAGAAAAAACCGUUCCAGAUCGCCCGACUGCCCUUCAACGUGACGACCGGCUGGCCGUUGAUGUCAGAUUCGGGGCUGGAGUCGUCGGCGUGCUAUCACUCCGGCUGGGGCGUCACGAAAAGC